GAAUUAUUCCCUUUAGAUUGCCAUCCCAGCAGGGUGAGGGUGCAAGUUCAGUAUAUAGCAGUAGUGCAUCUUACAUGACCGCCCCUUAAAAGGAAAAUGUAUGUGCUUGCAUGUAAGAGUUAAAGAAGUCUACCAUGGUGCAUAUAGACAAGUAUUAUAAAUUUUUCACUUCUAAUCUAUACUGGCCCAUGAAUGCGGUUUAUCCAGGUAUGUGAGGUUGGGAAUCAUUGUUAACUAAUAAUUGAUAAUAAAAUCAGAUUCCUUUUUUGUGUUCCAUCUUCUGUUAAACUCUUUAAUGAAGUUCAUCAGAUAUCUUUCAGUUACAUUUGCUACACUUGGUGAGAACACCAGAUGAUGUCCCUGGAUGUGCUUCUUAGUGCUGGUGUUCCGUGGUGCAGCUCGAGAAUUUGUUGUCACUUCCCAAGAGCUUAUCACUCGGGGUUCAGUCCUGGAUAUUAUUGUGGAGAUGUUGCUGAUAUGGCUAAUACUGAAUCGUCGAGUGUUGCAAGAGAAGCUGCAAUACAUAGUGCAGCUAUUAGGUGUCCUCCAAUGGUGUCUCGCUUCCAGUUAUCAUAUGAUCUUGCAGUCUCCUUAUGUUCUAGCUGAACUAGGCAGUGGCUGGAUGGUGGCUCCAUCAAUAUGCACAUUGUUUCUGGUGAACCGACUAUUGUUGAUGCUGCUGCUGCUCUGCUGAAAGCUAUAGUUACUAGGAACCCAAAAGCAAUGAUCCAAUUAUACAGUACAGG